GCUGGGCGGAGAGAAGAUGGCGGUGACUGGCUGGUUAGAGAGUCUGCGGGCGGCAGAGAAGACAGCGCUGCUGCAGGAUGGGAGAAGAAAGGUGCACUAUUUGUUCCCAGAUGGAAAGGAAAUGGCUGAAGAAUAUGAUGAGAAGACGAGUGAACUACUUGUGAGAAAGUGGCGAGUGAAAAGUGCGCUGGGAGCCUUGAGCCAGUGGCAGCUUGAAGUGGGAGAGCCAGCACUCCCAGGAGCAGGAAGCCUGGGGCCUGAGCUCAUCAAGGAAAGCAAUGCCAAUCCUAUCUUCAUGCGUAAGGACACAAAGACGAGUUUCCAGUGGCGGAUUCGAAACCUCCCCUACCCUAAGGAUGUCUAUAGCGUUGGUGUGGCCCAGAAGGAGCGCUGCAUUGUUGUCAGAACAACCAACAAGAAUGUCUGCCACCUUUGCUGGCCAGACCAAGGGCCUCAGGAAGAGCCCUCAGCUGGGAAGAGGAUGUGGAGAGCAUUCCUUCGCUGGUUGCAGGCAGAUGGAUCGCCUUUCCCUGGGGCAGAGCUUUGGAAAAGAAAGCAACUUGUGGUGCCAUUAGGAUCCCCCAACCCCCACUCCUUUUGAACUGUCAGCCUUUAAGUAAACAUUCUUUUCCUGCCAUGGGUCCUCGCACCUUGGUGGGGAGUGGGGAACCUGGGAGGAGGGGGCCCUGGAGCCUUGCUAAACUGAGGGAUUUGGGCAGGGAGGAUGGGGCAGAAGUGCUGCAUUGAUGUCAACUGAGUCCCCAGGGCAUCAGGGCUUUUGAAGUGGACUCAGGGUAGCUGUCACCACAAGGACCAGGCCCCUCUGAAGUAUUAAAAACCCGUCUUUUGCAGGCCCCUCACUUGAGUUUGUUUGUACCUGCCUGAGGUGUUUCCCUUCCCAGCCCACACAGCCUCUGCAGCAGAGUGGUGCUUUGCCCAGCUGACAGGUCUGGCAGCCCCUGGCCAGGGCCCAGGCCACAUUUCCACCAAGGAAAUGCCAAAUAGACCUAUUAGAGAUGAGAUGGCCUUUCUUCAUUCUCUGGCAUAAUAAGUAUUGGAACAGGCGCAAGGAACUUUCCUCUAACCCUGACUCCACUGACAACUAGCUGGAAAAGCAGCAAGCUGUUUCAUCUUUGAGCGGGGUUUCUUCUUUAGCGAAGGGGGCAAAUUCCCUGAAGUUCAGUCAUACACAUUACAGGCUUGAUUUUCUUUCUUUCUUUUUAAACUAAAAGGGAUCAUUAAUCUCUGCCUGGCACCUGCAGACAACAGGCACCAUGUAUGGUGUGAAAAUGGAGGGGUGGGGUCUCAAGGCCAGCAAGGUGGAGAGUCCAGAACUGGAGAUGGUUUGUCAUCGCAGCGAGCUUUUUCCUUGUGAACACACUUCUCUGACUUACAAGUAGUGUCAGGCUAACAAGGCCUUGAAAGACCCCCAAAGAGGAAAAGGUACCUGGGGUCUUCAGUGGAAAUACCAUGUAAAUGGCAACUGUGGGCCCCAGCUUUGGGGGAUGGCCUUAGAUGUCCUUAUUGUCCAUUGUAGGACAUGUGUCCCAUUUUCUGGUGUGCCUACGAGGCUUGGAGUGCAGAGGAGUCCCAAGCUGCCUGAGCUGUGUGUGUGUGUUCCAGGAGGCUUCUGCCUGUCUUGGGAGUCUUAUUUCUGCAACAUGAGUCAUACAGGCCCUUGGUCUAAUCAUGGAAUUAGGACUAGUUCUGGUCUUCUUUCUUUGGAUUGGACAUAAGGUGGGGCAUACUUUUCUUUCCAGUGCCAGUGAGCUCAAAAAUCAUGCCAUUCUAACUGGUAAGAAUCCUUCCUCCCUUCCAGCUUUGUGGAAAGUGGGUAAGAACUAUAGAGAAGCCUGGUGCCCAACUGUUGGGGUUGCCUUGCUAGGUGCCACAAUGGCCUCUUGG